AUGACAGUACCACUGAUGAAGAAGGGAAAUGCUACUCUCAUCAGUGUAUACGCACCAACCAUGACGAGUCCGGAUGAAACAAAGGAGAACUUCUACAAUCAGCUUAGACGAACGUUGCGGGACACCCCCCGGACUGACAAGCUGAUAUUGAUGGGAGACUUCAAUGCCCGGGUAGGACGAGACUAUGAAAAAUGGCAGUCGGUGUUAGGCAGGCACGGAAUCGGUAAACGCAACACCAAUGGUGAGCUACUUCUAGCGCUGUGCUCUGAGUUCGAACUCCUACUGACAAACACCGUGUUCAAGCAGAGGGAAGAACACAAAACCACCUGGAUGCACCCUCGCUCUAAGCAUUGGCACCUGAUUGAUUACAUCAUAACAAGACAACGAGACAGAAUGGAUGUUCACAGCACAAGAACUAUGCGUGGAGCUAAUUGCUUGACCGAUCACCAGCUACUAAGAUCAAAGAUUGCAUUUGCUUUACGUUCAAAGCGUAGGAAGCAAGGAGCUACUAAACUUGCAAAGCUGAACACAGACCGGCUACACGUCAACACACAACGGCUAAAGCUAGAGCAAGAUAUGGAGAAAGCUCUGGCGACUUGGGGAGUGCAAGAGGGAAUGACAGUUGAUCAGACCUGGGCAUCACUCAGCAAAGUAGUAUAUGACACAGCGAGCAACACCCUCGGUAAACCAGAGCGAAAACACCAGGACUGGUUUGACCCAGAAGACUCCGAGCUUCUGAUACUCAUGAAGAAAAGGAAUGAAACACACCAACGUGUAUUACAGACUAGAAGCACCAGGUCAACCACCACCGCGUACAAGGAAGCCUGCAGACACUUGCAGAGGUACACACGGAAAAUGAAAACCACCUGGUGGGAGAAAAAGGCAGAGGACCUGCAGCGCUCCGCAGACAAUUAUGACAUGAAGUCCUUCUACACUGGACUGAAAGAAGUCUGGGGCCCCCAGACUAGGAGUACAGUUCAUCUCAAGUCCCUGGACGGUAACACAACCUUUUCAGACAACAAAAGGGUGCUUGAACGAUGGUCGCAGCAUUUUGAGACACUACUCAACCAGCCAGGAGAUAUCGAGCCUGCAGCGCGUGAUAGGAUCAACCAGCGACCUGUAGUUACUGCACUCGAUGAUAUUCCAACACGAAAAGAGCUAAACCUGGCAAUUGCCUCCUUGGGUGAUGGCAAGGCACCCGGAGUGGAUGGGAUACCAAGCAUGGGCAGAAGGCUCCGUACCUCAGGAAUGGAAGGAUGCUAA